AUGGCCAAAAUCAUUUUGUUUUGUGUGCUCAGCCUCUUGGCAUGCGCUGCAGGUCAACGCAUUACGACUAUACAUUUGGAUGGUGUGCAGUAUUUUAUCAGUCGUAUGAAUCCGUAUUCACCGGAGCUAAACUAUUUCUUGGCCUAUCAGUACUGCCGAUCACUGGGCCUGCAGCUGGCCUCGUUUGAGACCAAGGAGAAGGCCGAGUCGAUGACCACAUAUCUGAAGAAUGCCGGCUAUGGCAAUUAUGAUUUCUGGACCUCCGGAAAUCGUUUGGGCACGGGCAUGUUCCUAUGGAUGAGCACCGGACUACCGUUCAAUGCAACAUUCGAUUUCUUUGAGAAUUCGGCCGAUGCCAUCCAAGCGGGCCUGCUCGAUCCCGUCGAUCACAAUAGCAACACCUCGCCACAGCGCACGGCACGCGACAGCAGCAGUGGUGCCGAGAAGGGCUGCGUCAUACUGAAGCAGCCGACGCUGAAAUGGAUGCCCGAGGACUGCUCUGCCGUUAAGGAUUUCAUUUGCGAACAGACUCGCUGCUAUUACUACAACUAUGGCAGCAUUCCAGUAUCGUCUGCGCAGGGACGUCCCAUUACUUCAACCACACCACGCACACCUGCCGAUCUGCUGAAUCUACCAUCGACCACGCCGCUGCCUCUCAUCAUGUCCACCAGCGUCGGCGGCGGUCUCUUUGCCAAGCCCAAGUCAUCCAUGUCGAUGUCGGAUUCAGCGCAGCAGCCCUCAACUGUGUGGUUCAAGCUCAAUCACGAUCGCUCGCUGGUUGAUUCGGAUGCCACUGAUGUGGACGCAGACCUCGAGGCUGAUGUGGAGGAGCACGACGAUGCUGAUGGCGAGACUGAUUUCGAUGAACAUGAGCAUGAAACUGGCGAUGCCUCCAACGAGCAUGCACGUGAACUAGGCGAUGCCGACGGCGAUGUUAAGGAGCACGUUUUUCCGCUGAACGACAACGAGCUGCACAACGAAAUGCAUUCGAUCGAGGAGCUGCAGCUGCAGCUGCAAGCUCAGGCCAACGAGGAGCAGCCAGAGCAUGAAGAGGAUGCACCAGAAGCGGACGAGAAUGCCAGCGCAGAUCACGAGGCGGAAGCCGAGGCUGAGUCAGAGUCUGAGCCUGAGACGGACUCGCACUACGAGUCGUCAGCCAGGGUCAGCGAUGCACCAGCAGCUGCAUUGCCCAGUUCCACAGAGUCGCCGGCCAUCGAGGUGCGUCUGAAGCAGAUAGCACAGGAUUUCGAGAAGAUGACCAGUUCCCAGGAGCUACAACGCGCGGCUGCUGCAGGCGUCAGCAAGGAUGAGAUGACGCCACAAUCCUCGCUCUCACUCAGCGAUCUCAUCCGCACGCUGCGUCCCAACGAACAGCAAAUCAUACCACAAAUCGACUCCGAUUACUCCAAUGCAAUGCGUGUGCUGGGCAAAACCUCCGCCGUGGUUGGCAACGAGGAUUCGCGCAAGUUCAAGGUGUUGCCCGAAUCGCACAACUUCUAGCUGACCUA